AUGGGGAUGGACUGUAUUCCUGUGACUGAUCUUGCCCACAUCGAAGAGGAGAUCUUCUAUACAGCCAAUUUUGUGACAUGUGACAACCUAUUCGGUGAGUUCGAUUUGAUACUGCGUAAAAGUCUGGAACUGAAGGAGUAUCAGCCACUCUUCCGUGACCUGCACUAUCGUAAGAGUCGAUAA